AGUUCUCUCGGCCGCUCGUCAUGAUGAAGUUCACCGGCGCAAACCACCGCCUGAUGCUCAACGACGGCAACUCCAUCCCGGUGAUAGGACUCGGGACUUACGCGGAUCCCGAGACGACUCCCAAAGGCACGUGUGCUGAAGCAGUGAAAACUGCCAUUGAUGUCGGUUAUCGCCAUAUUGAUGGGGCUUUUGUGUAUUACAAUGAGCACGAAGUUGGACAGGCCAUACGGGAGAAAAUUGCACAGGGGAAGAUCAAGCGUGAAGACAUAUUUUAUUGUGGCAAAUUGUGGAAUACAUGCCACCCACCAGAAUUAGUGCGUCCAACUCUGGAGAGGACAUUAAAAAUUUUGCAGCUUGACUACGUUGAUCUCUAUCUUGUUGAACUGCCGAUGGCUUUUCAGCCUGGAGAAAACCCCUAUCCUAAAGAUGAAAAUGGAAAAUGGCUUUAUCAUAAAACAGAUCUAUGUGCCACGUGGGGGGCUUUGGAAGCAUGCAAAGAUGCAGGCUUGGUGAAAUCUCUUGGUGUAUCCAACUUCAAUCGUAGGCAGCUGGAAAUGAUUCUGAACAAGCCAGGUUUGAAGUACAAACCUGUCAGCAACCAGAUUGAAUGUCAUCCAUACUUCACUCAACCUAAACUUUUAGAAUUCUGCAAAUUGCAUGAUAUUGUUCCUGUUGGGUACAGUCCACUAGGCACAUCAAGAGAUGACAGCUGGGUGAAUGUAUCUUCCCCUCCACUCUUGGAGGAUCCCCUGCUAAAUGCCAUUGGAAAAAAAUACAAGAAGACAGCUGCUCAGGUGGCCCUGCGCUUCAACAUUCAGCGUGGCGUGGUGGUCAUUCCAAAAAGCUUUAAUUCAAACCGUAUUAGAGAAAAUUUCCAGAUCUUUGACUUUUCUCUCACUGACAAGGAAAUGAAAGAUAUAGAAGCUCUGAAUAAAAAUGUCCGCUAUGUGGAACUUUUAAUGUGGAAAGACCAUCCUGAGUAUCCUUUCCUUGAUGAGUACUGAAAAUUUUGGGCAUCCAAGAACAAACACUCACUUGUAGUGAUCUCAGCUAAUAUCUUAUCUGGUAGCAGUUUGUAUCUGGUGGUAGUUCUUAAGUCACAUAGCCCAGUCCAAUCCUUAGUGCUACAACUUAUGUGGUGAAUAUACGAAAUAAAGCACAUUCAGAAAAAUGUUUUAAAACGUA